AUGAUUGCCCCAUUUCCAGCCCCGAAGCCUACGAUCGAGCCAUUUCCUGCGCCAAAGCCGUUUAUUGAGCCUUUUCCAGCUCCAAAGCCAGAGCUCGAACCGUUUCUUGCGCCAACGUCCAAGCCAGCUAGAAAGCCAUCUCCUCUAUCUGAGUCGUCUCCUUCAGGAAAGAAGUUCGCCCCAAACGUCCCAGCCGCCGACUACAGAAACAUGGUUCUUCAAGCAGCUAGAGUCAAGUCGGUCCUGAGUGGCGACAGUCUUAUUCUGUGCUCGCAGACAAAUCCGGACGCUGAGAAAACCCUCUCUCUGGCAUAUUGUACAUCUCCGCAUCUGAAGAAGGAGGGCGACGAACAAUGGGCUUUCGAAUGUCGCGACGCAUUGCGCAAGUUGGUCGUAGGAGUGAACGUUCAAUUCAGCGUCCUCUAUGCUAUACCCAAUACCAAGCGAGAAUAUGGUCUAGUCUAUCUUAAUGAUGGACGACGUCUACCUGAGGAAAUGGUCAAGCAAGGAUGGUUGAAGCUCAGAGAAGAUGCUGGUAGAAAGGAAGACUCCGAGGAAGCCUUGCAACAUCUUGAUCAAUUGCGCCUCCUCGAAGCAAAGGCUCGUGCAGAUGAUCUUGGCAUGUGGCAGACCAGCGGAGGCCGUAUUGAGGUUAAGCAUGACAUGGGUGAUUCUAAGGCCUUCUUGGACGAAUGGAAAGGCAAGGAGGUUCGUGGGAUAGUCGAGCGUGUCUUAAGUGGCGACCGUAUGCUUGUUCGCUUGUUGGUGUCACCUACCAAGCAUUAUCAAGUCAUGACUUUGGUUGCCGGUAUCCGCGCUCCCACCACCGAACGAGUUAACCCCUCCAAUGGACAAGUACAACCAGCAGAAGAAUUUGGUAACGAUGCUAGGAAAUUCGUCGAAGCCAGAUUGUUACAGCGAGAAGUAAACUUGGAGAUCCUCGGUCUGAGUCCACAAGGUCAACUUAUUGCCUCCGUAAAGCAUCCUAGACAUGGCACCAUCGCGAAGCAUAUCCUGGAAGCUGGUCUGGCAAGAUGCAGCGAUUUCCAUUCAACCAUGCUAGGAAGUGGGAUGGCCGCACUCAGGGAAGCCGAGAAGGUAGCUCAGGAAGGCAAGAAGGGUGUCCACAAGGAUCACGUUGCAAAGGCAACAUCUGGAGGCAGCAAUUUAGAAGCCCAAGUCACCAAAGUCUUCAGUGCAGAUGUCAUCUUUGUCCAAAAUCGAGCCGGAGUCGAGAAGCGCAUCAAUCUUAGCAGUAUCCGUGGUCCUCGACAAAACGAAGCUGCUGAAGCACCCUUCAGAGAUGAUGCAAAGGAAUUCUUGCGCAAGAAGGUCAUUGGAAAGAAAGUACGAUUAAGCAUUGAUGGUACUCGUCCGGCAAAUGGCCAGUAUGAUGCCAAGGAAGUUGCAACAAUCACUCUGAAUGACAAGAAUGUCAACCUCCUACUGGUUCAAGAGGGCUGGUGCUCUGUUGUUCGACACAAGCGAGAUGAUUCCGACCGCGCCCCAAAUUACGAUGAAUUGUUAGCCGCAGAAGAAGUCGCAAAGAAGGAAGGCAAGGGAAUGUGGUCCGGAAAGCCAGCAAAGGCCAAGCAAUACAACGAUGCAUCGGAAUCAGUCCAAAAGGCAAAAUUGCAAGUAGGCAGUCUUCAACGUCAAAAGAAGAUCCCAGCAAUUGUCGAUUUUGUCAAGGGCGGAUCUAGAUUUGUUGUUUUGGUUCCUCGCGAGAGCAUCAAGAUUACCUUGGUCCUCAGUGGUAUUCGAGCACCAAAGUCGGCUAGAAACCCCACCGACAAGAGCGAACCUGGUGGACAAGAAGCUCAUGAUCUUGCUACUAAGAGACUGACCCAGCGCGAUGUUGAGAUUGAUAUUCACAAUAUCGAUAAAGUUGGUGGCUUCAUUGGAGAUCUCUACAUCAACAAGGAGUCUUUUGCCAAGAUUCUGGUAGAGGAAGGCCUUGCAACUGUCUGGCAAAGCCAAGCUGAGCAGUCUGGUACUGGGAGCGAGUUGUUUGCAGCCGAGCAACGAGCCAAGGCCAGCCGAAAGGGCAUGUGGACAGCUUGGGAUCCAUCUCACGACGGAAAUCCCGAGACUGAGAAGCCUACUAAUGGUACAAAUGGAGAUGCUGCUGUCCCACGUGCAAAGGAUUACCGACAAGUUGUUGUUACACACAUGGAUGAGUCCGGAAAGCUAAAGAUUCAACAAGUCGGCACUGGUACCUCUGCUCUUGAGACCAUGAUGGCAAAGUUCAGGUCUUUCCACUUGAACCCAGCCAACAACAAAGGCUUCGAGGGUCCUCCCAAGACAGGCGAGUACGUUGCUGCUAAGUUCAGCGAGGAUGGAGAAUGGUACCGUGCUCGAAUCCGUGCCAACGACCGCACUGCCAAGGAAGCCGAAAUCGUUUACAUCGACUUCGGUAACAGUGAGAAGAUCGCAUGGUCUCGCCUCCGUCCUCUUACUCAACCCGAAUUCGCCCACACCAGCCUUCGUCCCCAAGCCGUCGAUGCAGCUCUGUCCCUCAUUCAAUUCCCAACCAACAAGGACUAUCUGGAUGAUGCAAUCAACUUCGUCCAAGAGAUUACUGCUGGCAAGGAACUGGUUGCAAACGUCGACUACACUGGAUCAGACGGAACCCUGUUCAUCACCUUGGGCGAGGCAAGCGCAGCCGAGACCAUCAACGCAGAGAUCAUUGCUGGAGGCCAUGCUAUGGUUCCUCGCAAGCUGCAGAAGUGGGAGCUGGGCAUGUCUGAUAUUCUGAAGGGUCUGAACGAGAAGCAAGAAGAAGCCAUUCAAGGUCGACGCGGUCUCUGGGAGUAUGGUGAUUUGAGAGAAGAUUAG